CCCUUGUUGACUUGCGAUAAGAGGAAACACUGGGUAGAAGUCACAAGGAACUCAAGCUAGACGGAGGCAGCACCUGGUUCUUCACGCUUCAGAUAUCCUAGCAGGAUGAUACCACCUUUUCUUAGGACUUUCGUACUUUUGGGGAGUUUUAUAGGAGUCGUCCACUGCGUGCAGGUGACGGUACCGAAGUCUGUAGUGAAUGUGACGGUGGGGCAGAGUGCCACCCUUCCCUGUACGUACACUCUUGCUAACCCCAACAUUCGCAAUCUUGUUAUACAAUGGGAUUUUGUAGAAGCGCACUCACAGAAGACUGUUUCUCAUUCCCCGUGCUACAGCUUGAAGAACAGUUCAGUGAAUCAGUGUCUAAAGCUGGCGUAUGGCAGAGAUGCACGGGGAAGGUGUAGCAUGAGAUACCAGGUAUAUGCUUACCAAAAUGGGCAAUCAUACUCAAUGGGAAGGUUUCAGAACAGGGUGACAUUUUCCAAUACCACUGGGAACGCUACAAUAACCAUUUCCAACAUGCAGCCGCAAGAUACUGGAGUCUACAGGUGUGAGGUGUCCAACUUUCCAGAUCCCCUCGGUGAAGGCCAAAUUCAGCUGAUUGUACAGGUGGCUCCAUCAGCUCCACACUGCAGUAUUCAAGGCAACAUCGUGACGGGGCAUUCUGUAAAGCUGGUAUGUUAUUCUGAGCAGGGCAUGCCUCGCCCAGACUAUAUCUGGCAGAGAGUGACAAAUGGAAUUGUGAAACCAAUUAAUAUGGGACAGCAGAAUGGAGUCCUUACUAUUGGAAAUAUGAGUAAGUUGGAAGAUGGAUACUACCACUGCACAGCAAGCAACAGCUUAGGCAAUACCACCUGUCAACUGGAUUUACAUACCGGAGGUGCAGCAGGGGCUAUCGUUGGAGGAAUUAUCGGAGCAGUACUCUUGGCAACUAUUAUUUGUGUCGUCAUCUGGUUCCUCGUUGUGAAAAAUAAGCACAAAAAGAAGCAUUUAAAGAGCAGCGAACUAAAAACAGUGUCCGCUACAACAGGUCAGAGCGCAGCAGAGGAGCCAGCCCGCCAGAACCUCGUGGUCUCUGAGCCCCCAGAAACCAGAGAAUAUCAAGAUGUGCCUGAAAAUGUGGCAGCUGGCCAUGGUGAAGUAGAGGAUCCAGCAGUGUGAUAUGCUUUGUAGAUCUACGAUAUACAGAUUUCUCAGUUCAGCCACAACUAUCAGAUUGUAAAGGCAGCAAAUGCAGUAAUAAUAAAGAGGUUUCCCACAAAAUACAUUUAAGGCAUAUUAGGGCACACCAUGACCGCUAGCCAUCGCAUCCAGGCAGAUUGAAUAGAGAGAUGGCUGCACAUGUUCUCAGCUCUCUCCAUUGUAGUUUAUGGGAGUUUUAGAAAUAUCUGCCAGACAUUUAUGGCAUAUCAUGUAAAUAUGCCAUUAAUGUCUUUUGUGGGGAAACCCCAUAUUACCUGCCUCCAAAGAGAAAUCUAUUUUUUUAUGUAUUUUAUUCUUGGCUUUGUAUAUUGUUUUUUUUUUUUUACUUGUGUUAAUCAAGAUUUACAGGAAAGGUUCAACUAUUUUCUGUCCAAAUGUAAUAAAGAAGCAUAGUAAUGGCCACAAAUUAGGGAUAUAGCAAGCAUUUUAAACAGCUGAGCAAAGCACCCCAUGUAUCCAAGAAUAUACAGUGUAUUUCAAUUUAUAGCUGUUAGUAAAGGCGUUUGGUACAUUUCUGUAGGUGCUGUACAGUGGAGAUUUGAACCCUUUGUGUUAGAAUAACAUUUUUUAUUUACUACUCGAUUCACAUGUAAGCUUUAGGUAAUGUGGGCAGCAGCCUUGAGAAUGAUCCAUUGUGUUAAAAAAAUAAAAAAAAUAAAAAAAUAGUGGGAUAUAUAAGCUAGUUCGUUGUAGUGUGCUGGGGUGCUGUUUUUUUUGGAAUUUAUAGCAAUGUUAAUAAAUAAUA